AUGCCUCCCACAGUUGAAAAAGAGCGUAAAAAGGCCGAAAAACUCGCGAAGUUCCAGGAGAAGCAAUCUAAAAAGCAAGCUCCACCGGCCGAUGCUGCACCCAAGGCAGCAAAGAAGGAGAAAAUCAAGAAAGCCGCCGCGGCCGAUGCCUACGAGCCCCAAAAGAUCGAAUCCGGCCGGUACGAAUGGUGGGAAAGCAGAGACUACUUUAAGCCUCAGUUCACCAAGGAUGGCAAAAUCAAGCCUGCAGGAAAAUUCGUCAUCCCCAUCCCUCCUCCGAACGUGACCGGGUCCCUUCACAUGGGUCACGCCCUGACCAACGCACUGCAGGACACAAUGAUCAGACAUGCUAGGAUGAAAGGGAAAACCACGGCGUGGAUCCCGGGCUGCGAUCACGCUGGUAUUGCCACGCAAAGCGUGGUGGAACGGAUCCUGAUGAAGACUGAAGGUAAAACUCGACACGAUAUAGGCCGUGAAGCUUUGCUAGCAAAGAUAUGGCAGUGGAAAGACAAGUACCAUGCCAAUAUCACGAGCCAGCUUAAGAGAAUGGGGGGUUCGAUGGAUUGGUCCCGAGAAGCGUUCACGAUGGACGAGAACUUGUCCCUCGCGGUCCGGAAAACGUUCAUUGAUCUAUUCGAUGAAGGCAUCAUCUAUAGAGCCAACCGCUUGGUGAACUGGUGUUCCGCUCUCAGCACGUCCCUGUCCAAUCUCGAAGUCGACAACAAGGAACUCAAAGGUCGGACGAAAUUGAAGGUGCCAGGCUACGACAAGCUGAUUGAGUUUGGAGUGCUCACCUACUUCAAAUACCCAAUCAGCAAAGGAGAUGACUCGCACAAGUCAUCGACUUCUCCGGACCGGUUCAAAGGCUACGACUUCAUUGAGAUUGCAACGACACGUCCGGAAACCAUGCUGGGUGAUACGGGUAUUGCUGUACACCCCGAUGACAAGAGGUACAAACAUCUUGUCGGGAAGACCGCCAUCCAUCCUUUUAUUCCAGACCGUAAGAUUAUCAUCUUCGCAGACGAGGAGGUGGAGAUGGAGUUCGGUACUGGUGCUGUGAAAAUCACCCCAGCGCAUGAUCCCAGCGAUUUUGCCAAGGGGAAGAAGCACAACCUGGAAUUCAUCAACAUUCUGAACGACGACGGCACAUUGAAUGCCAACGCCGGGCCUUUCGCUGGCCAGAAGCGGUUCGACGUCCGUUACGGUGUGAUCAAUGCCCUUAAAGAACUUGACCUCUAUACAAAGCAGGAGGACAACCCGAUGACGAUCCCUAUGUGUCAACGGAGUAAAGAUGUUAUUGAGCCAGUGUUAAAGCCUCAGUGGUGGAUGAAGAUGACCGAUCUAGCCAAGGCUGCGGAUGACGCGGUGCUGGAUGGAAGAAUCCUGAUCAAACCUGAGACCGAGUCUCGACGAUUCCAUUUCUGGAUGCAGAAUAUUCAGGAUUGGUGUAUUUCCCGACAGCUGUGGUGGGGUCAUCGCGCACCGGCGUACUUUAUUCAACUCGAUGGUGAGGCGAGUGAUGAAGCUGACGAUCGAUUCUGGGUGUGCGCCGAGAACGAGGAGGAAGCUCGUGCCAAGGCCGAAAAGAAGUUCCCAGGGAAGCAGUUCACGUUGAAAUGGGACGAGGAUGUGCUUGAUACGUGGUUCUCCUCCGCCCUCUGGCCCUUUUCCACCCUCGGAUGGCCGAAAGACACCUCCGACCUGAGGGCACUAUAUCCUACCUCUAUGCUCGAGACGGGCUGGGAUAUUCUCUUCUUCUGGGUGGCGAGAAUGGUCAUGCUUGGGCUGAAGUUGACCGGCGAUGUACCGUUCACGGAGGUGUACUGCCACUCGCUAGUCCGCGACGCUGAAGGUAGAAAGAUGUCGAAGUCGUUGGGCAACGUGGUCGAUCCUGUCGACAUUAUCCAGGGCAUCUCGCUCGAGGACCUGCACAAGACGCUUUAUGCUGGAAACCUUGACCCUGCUGAGAUCGACCGGGCUAAAGCGUAUCAGAAGUCGGCAUUUCCCAAAGGUAUCGAGGAAUGCGGUGCGGAUGCUCUUCGAUUUACGCUUGUGAACUACACUACGGGAGGAGGCGAUAUCGCUUUUGACAUCAGAGAGAUCGAGGCUAAGCGAAGGUUCUGCAACAAGAUCUAUCAAGCAACCAACUUCGCCUUAGGACGGCUUGGUGAAGGAUUCGUCCCAGACGCCACGGCGACCGAUAACCGACCCAAAUCUUUGGCGGAAGCCUGGAUUCUGCACAGGCUGAAUCUGGUCACAAAACAGGUCAAUGAGGCAAUCGAAGGCCGUGAGUUUUCAGUGGCUGCCGGUGCGCUCUAUCAAUACUGGUUCACCCAGCUUUGCGACACGUUCAUCGAAAACUCCAAGUACAUUCUCACCCCGGAAGCCCCAGAAGAGGUGAGGAAGUCGGCCCAACAGACAUUGUAUACGGCCCUCGAAGGUGGCCUGCUUCUCCUGCAUCCUCUGAUGCCUUUCCUCACGGAGCACCUGUGGCAGAAGCUACCCCGGCGUAAGGAUGACACCACGGAAAGUAUCAUGAUUGCGAAGUAUCCUGAAUUCGAUGAGAAGCUCGAUGCCCCCAAGGAAGCCGAAAAGUACGAGUUCAUCAUGGCCAUCUCGACAGGGGUGCGCAGCUUGUUGGCGCAGUACGGAUUCAAAGAACCCGGCGAUCUUGUCAUUCAAACCUCCUCGGAGUCUGCCUUCAGGACAGCAUCUGAUGAGCGAACAUCCAUCAAAUCUCUCGGUGGCAAGUAUGCUGGCGAAAUCGAGGUUCUUCCUCCAAGCGCCGACUCUCUUCCGCCCGCGGGAUCUGCGUUGCAGAACAUCAACGCUGAGGCUGCGGUGUACUUGAAGAUUGCGGGGCGCGUUGACCUUGUGGAAGAAUUGAAGAAGCGGGCAAAGGGCGUUGAGGAUGCCAAAGCAAAGGCAGAAAAGAGCAGGAAGAUUAUGAGUGCCGCUGGCUGGGAAAAGGUCAGCGCCGAGACGAAGAGAAGGGAGCAGGACAAACUGCAGGACGCCGAGAGUGAGGUGAAGAGACUAGAAGAGGCCAUCAAAGACCUGGAGCGGCUGAAACUGGAAGGCUGA